CAGAAGGUUUGGCUCUAUUACGUAGUUCCGUACAUGUGACGAGGUGUCAUGGAAGCCCGCACGGAGAUAUCCUGAACUGUAGAUGCACCCAGAUAAAUUUCUUAUUUAGUCUUCGUGCUCUUUAGAUAUGAAGUGUAUUCUUCGGCUAGGGUGCUCGUUUACCCGCCUUCAUGUCCGCUCGUGUCAUCAGAGUGUUUACAGCAGCCAUAUAAAUCCACGAGGGGUGGGAGUGGACCUUAGGGAAAAGAGACUUGAGAUCUCUUCGGGGAGGUUUGCCAGAUUUGCUGAUGGAUCUGCUGUAGUACAGCUAGGGGAUACGUCUGUGAUGGUGACUGCUGUGAGCAAAACCAAACCUUCUCCAUCUCAGUUCAUGCCUCUUGUGGUGGACUACAGACAGAAAGCUGCUGCUGCAGGUCGAAUCCCCACCAACUACUUGAGGCGAGAGCUGGGCACCACUGACAAUGAGAUCCUCACUAGCAGACUCAUAGACAGGUCGAUUCGACCGCUUUUCCCUCCUGGCUACUUUUAUGACACUCAGAUCCUGUGUAACCUGCUAGCAGUUGAUGGUGUCAAUGAUCCAGAUGUGCUGGCUAUUAAUGCAGCUUCUGCGGCUCUGGCCCUGUCUGACAUUCCCUGGAACGGACCCAUAGGUGCCGUGCGUGUGGGCAUGGUAGAUGGAGAGCUGGUGAUCAAUCCCACCAGGGUAGAGAUGACUUCCAGCAGCCUGAUUGUGGCUGGAGCUCCCAGCAGUCAAGUGGUGAUGAUUGAGGCGUCAGCUGAGAACAUGCUGCAGCAGGACUUCUGUCAUGCAGUGAAGGUGGGAGUCAAACACACCCAACAGAUCAUACAGGCCAUCCAGCAGCUGGUACGGGAGCAGAAGGUCACCAAGCGCACGCCAGUCAAGGUGUUCUCAGCCCCGACUGACGUGGUGGAACAUGUUCGGCAAUUAGCUUCUGAGAGGAUCUAUUCUGUUUUCACUGAGUAUUCUCACGAUAAGAUUUCAAGAGAUGAAGCGAUCAACAAAAUUCGACUAGAGACAGAAGAGGACCUUAAAGAAAAAUUCCCUCAGGCUGAGCCCUUUGAAUUAAUUGAAUCCUUCAACACUGUGAGCAAAGACAUCUUCCGCAACUUAGUGCUUAAUGAGUACAGGAGGUGUGAUGGGAGGGAGCUGGAUGCUUUAAGGAAGAUUUCUUGUGAGGUAGACCUCUUUAAGCCACUCCAUGGCUCAGCUCUGUUUCAGAGAGGACAGACACAGGUGCUGUGCAGUGUCACAUUUGACUCACUGGAAUCCAGUAUCAAAACAGAUAUUAUCACCACUGCUUUGAGUGGCAUUAAAGAUAAAAACUUCAUGCUUCAUUACGAAUUCCCUCCGUACGCAACUAAUGAGACUGGAAAGAUGGGAGGCCUCAACAGGAGGGAGCUGGGUCAUGGGGCCCUGGCUGAGAAGGCGCUGAGACCAGUCAUUCCUAAAGACUUCCCUUUAACUAUCAGGGUCACUGCUGAGGUCCUGGAGUCCAACGGAUCCUCCUCAAUGGCUUCAGCAUGUGGAGGAAGCCUUGCUCUAAUGGACGCAGGUGUGCCCAUCUCUUCUGCUGUGGCAGGUGUAGCAGUUGGCCUCAUUUCUAAGUCCAACCCAGAGAAACCUGCUGAGAUUCAAGACUACAGAUUACUAACUGAUAUCCUGGGAAUAGAGGAUUAUCUUGGAGACAUGGACUUCAAAUUGGCAGGAACAAACAAGGGCAUCACUGCUUUACAGGCUGAUGUGAAGAUACCAGGUUUGCCUCUGAAGGUUGUAAUGGAGGCUAUCCAACAGGCCACAGUGGCAAAGAGGGAAAUCUUGGGCAUCAUGAACAAAUGUAUAGCAAAACCCAGAGAGGCUAGGAAAGAGAAUGGACCUGUUGUUGAAAAUGUCCGGGUGCCCGUCUCUAAACGAGCUCGCUUUGUUGGUCCAGGGGGCUAUAACCUUCGCAGGCUACAAGCUGAAACAGGCGUGACAAUAAGUCAGGUGGAUGAGGAGACUUUCUCUGUGUUUGCUCCGACACCAGGAGCCAUGAAUGAAGCACAAGACUUCAUCACUGAGAUCUGCAAAGAUGAUCAAGAACAGCAACUGGAGUUUGGUGCUGUCUACACAGCCACCAUCACUGAAAUAAGGGACAUUGGUGUGAUGGUGAAACUUUAUCCCAACAUGAGCGCUGUCCUGCUGCACAACUCACAGCUGGACCAUAAACGGAUCAAACAUCCAAGUGCUUUGGGUUUAGAGGUGGGACAGCAGAUACAGGUCAAGUACUUUGGAAGAGACCCAACAGACGGCAGGAUGAGACUUUCACGGAAAGUGCUCCAAUCCCCUGCUGCAACAGCCGUCAAAACACUAAGUGAGAAACAGAGCAUCUCCAUGGCUUCAAACAGCAGCCACGCGACUGGCACUGAUUUGUGACUCACCAAUACAACAGGAUAUCUUUGGGCUUUUCCACCAAACUGAAUUUAAACUGAGCAGAUUUUGCCAGUGAGCAGUCCUGUUCAGGGACAUUGUAGCUUUGAACAUGACUGAACUGCACUUGAACUACAGCUCUUCAAAUACGGUGUUCUGCUGACGUUGUGCGUCUGUGGAUGUGCACAGCCUCAAAACACUUCAGUAACUGUGUGCAAGACACAGAAUUUCAUAAGUUAUAAAUGUGUUGUAUUCUUAUGUAUGCCCUGUUAAAAUGUCUCGUAUUCAGAUUUGUCACCUCAGCUAGAUUUUCUUUCAGUUUCUCUGUACCACAGCAAACAUAAUUAGAGAAAUAUGCAAUAAAGUAUGACAAUAGAUGUUUAGGAAUCAAUAAUAAUAAUGAUAAUAAAGGAUUCAGACCCUUAAUGCAGUAAUUUAUAGAAGUCCCUUUGGCAGAAAUUAUAGCUUCACGUUUUCUUGGGGCAGUUUAUCCCAGUCUUCUUGUCAGAGCAGAUGGGAAGCCUUUAUGAAGUGCUGUCUUGAGGUCUCUCCACGGACAUUCUGUGGGUUUUAAAUCUGGCUGGGCCACUCAAGGAGAUCCAGUCAGACAAUGGGUACAUUCCAAGUCUCUUGAUUAUUCCUACGCCCUCGGUCCUUCGCUGUGUGCUUAUGUUAAUGUCAUACUGAGAGAUGAACUGAUAUGCACACUGGACUGAGUUUUCUUCAAGGACCUCUUUUGAUACACUGGUUAAAAAAAAUAAAUAAAUAAAAUCUAAAAGCAUUUUUUAAUUUUGUCAUUAUGGAU